AUGCUUUUGCCUGAUUCUGACCUCAAAUUAAAGGUUAACGAUUUUGUUCGUAUGUCAUCACUUGUUGUUCCUACAUUUGGUGAGUUGUCUCUCCGCCAUUGGUUUAAUUGUACUCCUCUUAGUUCUCUUUGGUCUUGUUAUGGAGCAUACAUGACAGGAGACCAAUAUACCGACUUGGACUCUCAGACUGGAACAUCUGUUAGACGUUUUAUGCCAAUGUUCUCACUUAACGAGUUGUUUGGCAUUUUAAAGACUGGACUUUAUAACGACACUACAAAAGCACCUUUGUAUUAUGGUAAUUUGACUUAUUUUUUAAAGAAUAGGGAAGUAGUUACUUUUGAUGAAUGGACGAAUUAUUAUUCAUCUCAGUCUAAUGUUCUUUCAUUGAAUACUUUUGGUUUUGAUACUGACUCUGAUACUGGUUUAUAUCCAGUUAAUCAGGAAAAUGUAAAACCAGCAACUAAUUAUUAUCGUUGUCGUAUUCCGUUUGAUUUCCCUGUUCUUGGUUGGGUUAUGCGUAAUACCGAUAAUUUCUAUGCGCUCAUGAAAGAUAAGAACGGUAAUAGUGGUUUCCCUAGUCCUUCUGAUUGUCCAUAUAUUGUUAUGUAUAACCCGCUUAGAAAGACUGGAACCGUUUCAUCCUCUCUCCCAUCUUCAUCAGUUCAGAUUACAGAUAUUUAUUUUACACCUCUUACUACACGUAUGUUCCAAGGUGAUUCGACUGCUUAUUUGUAUAAGAAUGGUUGGAUAUAUAAACUUACUGAGUCUGGUUCUGAUAGUAAGUAUCAUCAUUAUACUGGAAACUCAGAAGGUUGGUAUCUUCAUUCCGAUGAUAGUUAUUUUACUGGUAAACUUGGUGAAGUAUUCGAUUUUAUCGCUCCUGCUUAUGCAUCUAAUGCCGUAAGUGGUAGUCGCUUUGAUUAUGGUGUUACUUUGUCAAGACGUUUUAAGCGUUUGCGAAAACUCUUUGUUGGUCUUGGUUAUCAGUUUAACCCAUUUGAUACACAACCUCAAACACCUUGGAAAUUGAUGCAUUAUUAUAAGGCAUGGUUUGAUAUGUUUUUCCCAAAGCGUGACACUCAGUAUUAUCAGACACCUUUGUCUCGUGUUGUAAACUUCAUGAGUUAUCACGGAAAUUUCAUUUGUCCUAAUAUCUUUGAUAAGAUAAUCUCUUUGCGUCGUUCUAAUUCUGUUUAUGAGUAUAAAUUUGAGGCUGAUUUUCUAGACAUGCUCUUUGCUUGUGCCGAUGCUAAAUAUGUUUUGCCUAUUGAUUAUUAUACAUUAGCUGACCCCGAACCUCAGCAGACCGAAGGAACACGUAACGAAAAUAUUAAAGAUAAUGCUCGUGUUAAUGUUAUUGGUUCGUUAGGUGCUCAAAAUCAUGGAGAGUCUGAUAACACUGAUAGUUAUUCUACGUUUGGAGAUGGUGUUAUAGUAGGUUCAAAUAACCAGUCUAUUGGAGGUCGUGUUGCUUUUACUGGUGGUUCUUCAAAUGAAGUAUCAAUUGAUGGUUUAACCAUUAAACUUGCCGAGAAGUUAACGAAGUUCCUUGUUAAAAAGCGUAUUGUUGGAAAGUCAAUUUCCGAUAGAAUGCGUGCAAUGUUCGGAGUUGUUGACCCUCACGAUAAGUCA